AUGUCUCUGGGCGUCGAAGUUGGCCAACUGGGUAAGCCUGCGGCUCGGCCCAAAUAUGCUAUCUCGACUUCAAUACGCACCGAGCAACAAAAGCAGCCAACAGCCGCCACGGGCUCCCACGCCGCUUGGCUCCAGUUUUGCAUUUCCGGGCGCACCACACAAUCGUACGACGCGAGCGCAAUCCAGCUGCGACCGACAUCAGGUUCUGGCUCGCGACUGCCGGGUUUGCUUCUUCCUAGCUCUUUCAGAUUCACCCGCCAAAAACAGCUCCGCCGACCUCAACGAGCUCGGACCGACUACCACAAAUUCAUCAACGGCACCGCUCUAUGGCAGCGUCACUACCAGUGGCCGAUCUGGGUUGGUUGGACUCUGGCUACCAUCGCCUCCGGGCUGAUGAUCGUGUGGCAUGUCGAGACGCCGGCGAAGAUAUGGGCGCCGACGCUCGUCCUUCUUGGUCUUGGCCAUGGCUUUAUCCUGAACGCGCAGAACAUGGCAUCGCAUGCUCUCUGUGACGAAGGCGACGAAGCGAUCGCCGCAGCGAUGCAUGCCUUUCUCCGACAGUUUGGCAUGGCACUCGGGGUCGGCGUCGGCGGUUCCACAUUCCAGAACGUCAUGCUGCUCAAGUUGGGGGACGAUGGCUUGGCACCCGCAGGCACGCACGGAGGUACCCAUGUUAUUUCUGCCAUGUUGAGCGCUGCCGGCGACGUUGGGCCGCCAUCCAAGAUCGUGGAUGCGUACAUCUACGGCUUGCGAGGCGUCUACGGAUUGUAUGUCGGCGUAUCCGGAUUAGCCCUUUUGAUGAGUUUCUUGAUCAAGAGCCCAUCAAUGAACAGGAGCCUACGAUCGGAGCACACGAUGCACACUCAGGCGACGGGUCACGGUAGUAUUCACGGCUCCAGGAGUUGA